ACUUGUUGCUUUCAAAUAGCUGUAUUCCAUUUUUGGGUUCAUCAGAAGGACUGGAUUUCCAAACCCUUCUGUUAGAUGAAGAGAGGGGCAAGCUGCUCCUGGGAGCCAAGGACCACAUCUUUCUGCUCAGUCUGGUUGACUUAAACAAAAAUUUUAAGAAGAUUUUUUGGCCUGCUGCAAAGGAACGGGUCGAAUUAUGUAAAUUAGCUGGGAAGGAUCCCAAUACAGAAUGUGCAAAUUUCAUCAGAGUACUUCAACCCUAUAACAAAACUCACAUUUAUGUGUGUGGAACUGGAGCAUUUCAUCCAAUAUGUGGAUAUAUUGAUCUUGGAGUCUACAAGGAGGAAGUUAUAUUCAAACUAGACACACACAAUUUGGAGUCUGGCAGACUGAAAUGUCCUUUUGAUCCUCAGCAGCCUUUUGCUUCAGUAAUGACAGAUGAGUACCUCUACUCUGGAACAGCUUCUGAUUUCCUUGGCAAAGAUACUGCAUUCACACGGUCCCUUGGGCCUACUCAUGAUCACCAUUACAUCAGAACUGACAUUUCAGAGCACUACUGGCUCAAUGGAGCAAAAUUUAUUGGAACUUUCCCCAUACCAGACACCUACAAUCCAGAUGAUGAUAAAAUAUAUUUCUUCUUUCGUGAAUCAUCUCAAGAAGGCAGUACUUCCGAUAAGACCAUCCUUUCUCGAGUUGGAAGAGUUUGUAAGAAUGAUGUAGGGGGACAACGCAGCCUGAUAAACAAAUGGACGACUUUUCUUAAGGCCAGAUUGAUUUGCUCAAUUCCUGGAAGUGAUGGGGCAGAUACUUAUUUUGAUGAGCUUCGACAGGACUUUUUACACUGGAAGUGUCCAAGCAAAACCUAUGACCCACUGAUUAAAUCCACCCGAGAUUUUCCAGAUGAUGUCAUCAGUUUCAUAAAGCGGCACCCUGUGAUGUAUAAGUCAGUGUACCCCGUUGCAGGAGGGCCAACAUUCAAGCGAAUCAAUGUGGAUUACAGACUGACACAGAUAGUGGUGGAUCAUGUCGUUGCAGAAGACGGCCAGUAUGAUGUAAUGUUUCUCGGAACAGACAUUGGAACCCUGCUAAAAGUUGUCAGCAUUUCCAAGGAGAAGUGGAAUAUGGAAGAGGUAGUUCUGGAGGAGUUGCAGAUAUUCAAGCACCCAUCGAUCAUCUUGAACAUGGAGUUGUCUCUAAAGCAGCAACAGUUGUACAUUGGUUCACGAGAUGGAUUGGUUCAGCUCUCCUUGCACAGAUGCGACACUUAUGGGAAAGCUUGUGCAGACUGUUGUCUCGCCAGAGACCCCUACUGUGCCUGGGAUGGAAAUGCGUGCUCUCGAUACGCACCUACUUCAAAAAGGCGAGCUAGACGCCAAGAUGUAAAGUAUGGGGACCCAAUCACCCAGUGCUGGGACAUAGAAGACAGCACUAGUCAUGAAACUGCUGAUGAAAAGGUGAUAUUUGGCAUUGAAUUUAACUCUACCUUUCUGGAAUGUAUUCCUAAAUCCCAACAAGCAUCUAUUAAGUGGUAUAUCCAGCAGUCAGGUGAUGAGCACAGAGAAGAGUUGAAACCCGAUGAAAGGAUCAUCAAAACGGAAUAUGGGCUACUGAUUCGAAGUCUGCAGAAGAAGGACUCUGGGAUAUAUUACUGCAAAGCACAGGAGCACACUUUCAUCCACACCAUAGUGAAGCUGACUUUGAAUGUCAUUGAGAAUGAACAGAUGGAAAAUACCCAGAGGGCAGAGCAUGAGGAGGGGCAGGUCAAGGAUCUAUUGGCUGAGUCACGGUUGAGAUACAAAGACUACAUCCAAAUCCUUAGCAGCCCAAACUUCAGCCUCGACCAGUACUGUGAACAGAUGUGGCAUAGGGAGAAGCGGAGACAGCGCAACAAGGGCGGCCCAAAGUGGAAGCACAUGCAGGAAAUGAAGAAGAAACGGAAUCGAAGACAUCACAGAGACCUAGAUGAGCUUCCUAGAGCUGUGGCUACGUAG